AUGUGCGACUGCAGCAUAUGCGGGCGUUUGGGCUACUUGCUGAUAUACCCACUGCGCGAUGAGAUCGAGUGGAUUAGCGGAGAGCAUGACAUGGCAGAGUACAAAUUCGCGACAGAGAGGAAGGUUCACAAAUUCUGUAGCCGGUGUGGUAGCAGCAUCUGCAUGGACAUGACAGGGUCUUGGAACUCGUGGGCAGGAGAUGUCGUCGGCAUGAACGUCCGUAUGCUUGAUGAUUUCGAUAUUGAAGUGCUAAACCUCCAUAAGAAGAACGGCAAAGAUUUCGAGCCAGGUACAUAG